AUGGUAACUCUGGAUGAGGCCUUAAAGACAGCAAACAAUGCUGUUUUGAUGGCUAUAAAUGCCAUCUCCAUUUUGAUAUCUGAGAUGCACAUAAAAUUUCUAGAUGUACCCAAAAAUGAAGUGAAAGAACUUAAAGCUCCAGAAAUUAUAAGAAUUCUGGAAGGAUAUAAAGAAGCAAAUAUUGGAUUUGGAGCUGGUUACACCCUCAAAACUUCAAUUGUGCGGGCUAUAUAUGACUGCCCUUUCCUUAGUGUGGGUGUAAAAGACUUGAAUGGAGUUGUCAUAUGCAUCCUUGCAAGUUCAGGUGUUAUCAACAGCAAUGAUGUGCACACCAUUAUUCAAAAUUUUCGCCAAACUACAGAGUGCGAGGGGGAAAUCGUAGUAUCUGUAGUUCAUGAACCCACUUUAGAGACCAACCUUAUUGUGACAACCCUUAUUACUGUAGGUUUUUCUGGACGGGAGACUUCUCAUAAAAAUAGCAUAUUCUCUAGACUGGCAGAACACUUUCCAUUUAUUUUCAAUCUCUUGGGGAAGCACCAUCCACAGUCUCACAACACUAAAGAAAACUAUUCACCUGAGCGUUCAUGUCUUUCUGAGAUGAUAAAUAGACUAGAGUCCACUGAAUUGCCUAAUAUAGUCCCCGUGGACGGCACAGCUGAAGGUUUUGGUAUUUACUCUGCCGAACUCCAGAUGUUAUUGAGCAACAGUGGUGACGAAAUAUAUCCUUUUAGAGGACAUGAUUGUAGUUCUGAACAAAGCGAAGCUGAAUUCUUAGAGGCCAGUGCAGAUUCUUCCAUGGCUUAUGACCGAAACACUGGAGGAGCACCCACUUUUCAAAGGGAGAUGCUUCUUAGACAUGAUAUGGGUCCCGGAAAUCAUUUUGCACAGGAGUGGGCCACCAAGGGGGCCACUGAUUCUGGAGCAACUCGAGUGCUGGACAGUCCGAUGCUUUACAGACUUCCCAUCGGUGUGAAACCUUCAGAGUUGAAAGAUGGUCCCAACGUCUCAAACACUAGUGAUCAUCCAGAGAAAACAAUAAUAAAUGAUAUAAAGGCACAGCCUCAGGUUACUCCAAGUAUGCCUUUGGAUCCACCGACUGAUGCAGGUUUUGAAGCCGUAAUGGACAUCUUUAAUAACACAUCUGUGUUACUGAAGGGAGAUAACACUAAUGUUUCCAAGAAGCAAGGAGUGCUUUCUGUUCGUGCUGCAUCUAUGCUGGUAAAGGUGUUUCCUUCUUAUGCUUUCUAUGCUAAUUGCUCCAGCUAG